AUAAAUUUAUCGUUUCCAUUACUAUUUACAAAGCUCUUAAGUCAAUUAUAAUGGUUCAUUUUCUUCGAAAAAUCGUUGUACCACAGUCGUACUCGACCACACAAUAAGUUUCUUGAUAAUCAAUUUCACUUGAGAACAAAAAGAGAGCAUUUGGAACACUGGAGGUUGAUUCUUUCAAUCAGUAACAGAACGAAUGGUUAAUGAAUAAUCAUUCGUUAAUGUACAAUAACGAACUCGUCGAGUGUAUAAUAGCAUAAUGUAUAAUAUUCAAAGUGUAAUAAAUAACUAAACAUAAAUACGAACGAAGAACGAAGAAGAACUAAGAAGAAUAUCAAAGGAGAAAGGAUAUAAAAAUCCAAAUGUAUCAAAUUUCCAUCGAAUGAAACCAGAAAAUCGUGCUUGAGUUUCGGAAUUAUUUGCAAUAUGAUCCAAAGCAGAAUAUUUAUUUCAUUAUUAUUGUAUUGCCUGUUACAAUUAACGCAAUGCACGGAAAAAUAUCACUGUGUGUGGUACGGUGAUUGUGGUCUAUCGGAUAAAGGUUUGCAUCGUACGUGCGUAUCAAAGGAUCCUCCGAAGCCGAUCUAUAACGCAACAGCUGAAGAACUCCUUCGUCAGAAAUGUCCACAAUAUUUCCAAAACUUAGACCCAAGAGGACCGGAAUUAUGCUGCGAUUCUGAUAAUAUUCAAACAUUGGUUAAUCAACUAUCCAUGGCGGAAAAUAUUUUUGGCCGAUGCCCCACGUGUUUGAAAAAUGCAUACAAACUAUUAUGCGAUUUGAGCUGCAGCCCUGAACAAAGUAAAUUCCUGAAUGUCACGAAAACAGAUAAAAAUUCAGAAGGCAAAGAAUACGUUACAGAGAUAGAAGUUUAUGUUGCGGAAGAAUACAUGAAUGAAACAUAUAAUUCUUGUAAGAAUGUAGUUUAUCCAGCAUCUGGAAAUCUAGCUAUGGAUUUGGCUUGUGGAGUUCACGGUGCUAGCAGAUGCACUCCAAAAUUAUGGUACGAGUAUCAAGGUGAUCCGGAUCUGAAUAAUUUUAUAAGUUUUCGAAUGAUUUUUAUCACGGAUAGGCCGGCUUGGAACGAACCUACAAAAACAUGUGACGAAAGAUAUGAUGGUUUGACAGCGUGUAGUUGCGUUGAUUGCCCAUCAUCAUGUCCCCUUGUCGAAUUAAAUAAUGACAAUGACGAUUUCAUUCUUUUCGGACACAAUGGCUACGCCGUCGUAAUAGCAAUUGUAGUAGUUUUAAUUACCUUGAAAAUCAUACAACGAUCUAGUUGAUCUCAUUUUAAAGAGCAAACCUUCUACUUCGACUUUUCUAAGUUUCGUUUUUUUCGAAGAUGUUUUUCAAUCAUGUGUCACGGAUGAGUUACAAACAUUCGCAAAGCACCCAAUCAUCGUGUUAUUCACCUUUUUAUAUGCAAUAUCGGGAUUAAGUUACGGAAUAAUGUACCUUUCCAUCACAAGUAAUCCGACUGAAAUUUGGGCAGCACCUACUAGUAGAGCUAGACUUGAAAAAGAUUACUUCGAUUCUCAUUUCCAACCGUUCUACAGAACCGAGCAGAUUUAUAUCAAGCCUAUAGGCCUGGAUAAGGUAUCCCACAACACAACCAAUGGUAAUUUGGAAUUCGGUCCUGUGUUUAACAAAGAAUUUUUACUCGCUGUGUACGAUCUGCAGAAGAGCAUACUACAAGUAAAUAUAUAAAUCGAAAUAAACAGAAAAAGGUGAAUAUAUCUGUUAUGCUCCUGUCCAAAGUGAUUUUAACGGGCCCGUUACUUUAGAGCUUUGCACAGUGCAAAGCGUAUGGGGGUAUUUCCAAAAUGAUCUCGACACUUUUAAUAAAACGAACUUAGUAGAUUCGUACGAGAUCAAUUAUUUGGAUCAUUUGUACAAGUGUGCUCAAAAUGCAUACAAUCCCGAAUGUCUGGCACCGUACAAUGGGCCAGUAUUACCAGCAUUGGCUUACGGUGGAUUUCUUCGCGAAGGUGAAUUCAAUUACGACGCGGAAGAUUACAUCAAAUCGACCGGAUUGAUUUUAUCAUUCCUCGUGAAAAACUCGCUGAACGGAACUGUGCUUCAAUCGGUCCGCAAAUGGGAGCAACGAUUUCUCGACUUUAUGAAAGAAUGGGAUGUCGAUGGGAGGCCGGAAUUUAUGGACGUUGCAUAUACUACGGAGAAAUCGAUUGAAGAUGAACUAGAACGAUCCUCCAAGUCAGAGGCAAUAACAGUAAUCAUUAGUUACGCGCUGAUGUUCUUUUACGUAGCCUUCGCUUUAAGCGAAAUGAAAUGUCCCAUGAAAAAAUAUUUUGCAAAUAGCAAAAUAAUAUUAAGCAUCGGUGGAAUUGUUAUCGUAAUAGCAUCAGUAGCGUGUUCCCUUGGUAUAUUUGGCUACAUCGGAGUACCUACAACACUACUUACGAUCGAGGUAAUGCCAUUUCUGGUACUAGCCAUAGGCGUAGAUAAUAUUUUUAUUUUGAUUAAUACACAUCAAAGGAACCCGAAACAUAGCGAGGAAUCGAUACCUGAUCAUAUUGGAAGGAUAUUAGCACAAGUUGGGCCGUCAAUGUUUCUCACGAGUAUGUCUGAGUGCUUCUGCUUUUUAAUCGGGACGUUAUCGACAAUGCCUGCCGUAAAUACUUUCGCCCUCUAUGCGUCUAUAUCCAUCUUAAUCAAUUUCUUCUUGCAAAUAACUGCAUUUAUUAGCCUUUUAUCGUUAAAUGAGCGACGAUUCGAGAACAAUUUUCUGGAUGUGUUAUGCUGCAUAAAAACGAAAAAGAAGAAUUUUAUAACCGAGGAAAACAUCAGUCUCAUACAUACGAUUUUCAAACGUUUUUACACACCUUUCCUUAUGAAAACACCAAUCAGAAUAAUUGUAUUGACGAUAUUCUUCGUUAUACUAGUUAUGCACAUCGUAAUAUUGCCAGACGUUGCUAUUGGGUUGGAUGAAAAGCUCUCGAUGCCUAUAGAUUCUUAUGUUUUGAAAUACUUUGAGUUUAUGGAGGACCUUUUAUCAAUGGGUCCACCUGUUUAUUUUGUGGUAACCCCUGGACUCGAUUAUAGUAAUAAAACAGUGCAAAAUAUAAUUUGUGGUAGUCAAGGAUGUAACAGUGAUUCACUGUACACACAAAUUUAUUCAGCAGCUAAACAACCGGCUGUAUCGUACUUAUCGAAAGCAGCUUCAUCUUGGAUGGACGAUUACAUAGAUUGGUCAAAGAUAUCCGGCUGCUGUAGAUAUUUUCAAGCUAAUCAAUCAUUCUGCCCACAUACAAACCUUAUGUGUAAUGUUUGCGACAUUCCUAUUGACGAUUAUCGACCAGAUGCGAACAGUUUCCGAAAAUAUAUAUCGUACUUUGUACAAGAUAUCCCGGAUCCAACCUGUGCGAAAUCUGGUCGAGCUGCAUACCUUGAUGCACUGAAUUAUUAUACAGACGAGCAUGAAUUAACGGAUGUCAAGGAUAGUUAUUUCAUGGGAUAUCACACUCCGUUAAAAAAAUUAUCUGACUGGUACGAAUCUCUGAAAUCUGCCAGAAUUAUCGCCGACAAUGUCACAACUAUGAUAAAUAAUAAAAAUCUAACUGACGAGAAGAUAACUGUAUUUCCGUAUAGCAUAUUUUAUGUUUAUUACGAGCAGUAUCUCACAAUCUGGACAGAAACAGUAUUUUCAUUGGGUUUGUCCCUUUGUGUCAUCUUCUUAGUGACGUUGAUCUUAACUGGAUUAUCGUUAUUUUCGGCAAUAAUAGUAGCAUUGACAGUAUUGAUGAUCAUCGUAAAUAUAGGCGGCCUUAUGUACUGGUGGAAUAUCGAAUUAAACGCAGUCUCUCUCGUUAAUUUAGUAGUGGCCGCUGGUAUAUCCGUGGAAUUUUGUAGUCACAUUAUACAUUCGUAUUUAAAAUCCACCAAGAGUACAAACCUUGAUCGUGCGUCUGACGCUCUUAACGAGAUGGGAAGUUCAGUAUUCGCCGGUAUUACAUUAACCAAAAUUAUAGGUAUCAUUGUACUACGGUUCUCGAAAACUCAAAUCUUUGAAAUAUUUUUCUUUCGAAUGUAUUUGAGUAUCGUAAUUUUUGGUGCUGCGCAUGGUCUAAUAUUUUUACCAGUGCUAUUAAGUUUUAUAGGUCCUGAGUAAUAACAAAUAAUGAAUGAAAACGAAAAAAGUUCAGUAUAAAAAGUGAAAACGAAAUUGCAAAAUCAUUUAACAAAUGAUACAUAAUCAGUAAUUCAAUAAUUAUUAACAACGAAUAGUAUGUACAGUGUUUGUUUUUAUUUAUGAUCUAUUAUUAUAUUUUAAAGAGACGAACAAGUUUAAUCUUCUAGCUAAUUUUAAAACAGAUUAAAUUCAUGUGUAUAAUAAUAUGUCAGAUCAUUAUUUCUUUAAAAAUAUAUUUAUAUUAAAUGAAACCAAUGACAAAGUAAAAGAAAAAUAAUAGUAUUUUUAGAAAAAAAAUGAUUCUGCAUUUCAAAUUAUAGGAUAUCAAGCAGAAGAUUAAAUAGAAAAUAAGAAAAUAAAAUAAUUCUCACUCUUUAAGAACUGUCAAUCAUUUUUCAAUAAAAUCUUUUAAAUUUCGACACGCAAUAGCUUAUUUCAUUUAUUCUAAUUACUUACGUCUUUCUAUUAUAUCUCUAAAUUUUAUUUUAUUUAAC